AUGAAAUUUUCAAAGCUGAAGUGAUUGUUUUAUUUUUGUUUUGUUUCAUCAAAACUCUCUAUACGAAUUCUUUACAGCGAUGAAACUGAAUGAGGACUUACAGAUCAGAUUUUUAAUGAUUUAAACACAACUUACAGAGAAAAUAUUGAGCUAUAUCAAAAUCAUGCUGAUAUGGAACCGCUUAUAGGCUGAAGCUAUGCGCACCCAACCAUAGUAAUUGAUUUAACCAAAAAUUUAUUGUUGAAGCAAAAGCUAAAAGAUUUCUCAAGAAUUUAUGAUUUUAUCGUCUUAGAAGUUACUGAACGGCUAAAAAACAACGAUAAAUGAAUAUACAGCACUCAUAUUUCUACCAGCAACCAUGCGAUAGCAAUGAUGAGAAUGCUUUCAUAUUUAGGCUGGAGCAGAAUUGGACUUAUUUAUAGUGAUUCUUAUGGAAAUAUAAAAUUUUGAAACCAUCUUAAAGAAAAAUCAUUUUUUUAUAAUAUUGAAAAUGCUUUAUCAAUAAAUUUUGGAAAUCGGCUAGACCAGGAUAUAGCUGAUAAUUUAAUAGCGCGCGAAAUUAAGGCUAAAGGAUUUAAUAAUAUUAUAAUUGCGAAUGAAGGUGAAGGCUCAAUAAAACUUAUAAAAAGUUUUAUCGGUAAAAAUGUGUAUAAGAAGGGAUUUGGAGUAAUACUAGGGAGUCAAGCUAUAUGAGGUCCGAAUGAGGAUGGGCUAGUAUUUAUAGUUGAAAAAGAUUUAAUCCCUUUUUUGCAAUACUGCAGAAUCAAUGAAAAUCUUUCUUUUUAGUAAAAUUAGUUUCCUACUUUAAGCAAAUUAUUUUUUUUAAAGAUUUUUUUCGUUUUAGCAAUAUUUUUAUAUAUAAUUAAUGACUAUUAUAUGAUAAGAUAUCCAGCUAACUAUACUUAAUAUUAGACAGCUUAAUCAAUUAUCUUUAAUGUUAGAUAGCAAAUAUCAUCAAACAUAAAUUUGAUAAAUUAAAUUAAAUCUAUGCUUUCAGAUAUUUACAACUUGAAUUCCUUUAAAUAUUUUAAAAUUCGAUAACAGUGCUAAUAGUAAUGGUUCAAUUAGGUAUAUAAAAUCUUUUACAAUGAAGCUCAACCGUUAUUAAAGAAGAAAACGUUUGUAAACAAAGGAGGAGUUAGAAUUUUCGGAAAGUACGAAUCAUUAUCAUUCACUCAGUAUUAUCAAACUUAUAAACAAUAUUAUUAACUCAGAUUCAAUAUAUUCCAUAAAAGAGCAGCUUGAUAACUACACCGAAAAUCAUGAACCUCUAAACAUUUUUUCAAUUGUAAACAUCCAAAACAGCAUUAGAAAAAUUGUUGGCUGCAUAGACAAUUUUUCAUUAUCACUUGCUAAUACAAUCAUUUUUCCCGGAAGCACCUCAGAAAUCCCAAAUUCAGAAAAACAAAAAAUCGCUAUAUCAGAGGCAUCAGGAGAUACAAAUUAUAAUGGCCUUAUUCUUGGUCAAAAUGGUUUUUUCAAAAUAGGUGCUGACUUUGCUUUAAAAUAUUCAAAAAUAAAUCAUUAUCUUGAAGAUUUCAACAUAGUUUUACAUUCCACAGACUGCAGUGCUGAUUUUUAUGACUAUAAUUUUUCAUAUAGCUGCUUAUCAAAUGAAAAAUCAAACAUUGGAGUUGCCUUUUUGCCUUCUUAUAGUGAUGAUGUGUGCUAUGGAACAGUCAAUGAUUUUAGAUCUCUUGGAAUAAAAGUACCAUUAAUUUCAGAUCAAUGCACAAGUGAUAUUUUUACUAAUAAAACAGCAUAUCCAGAAUUCAUUAGAAUUAUGAAAAGCUAUGCUUUUCAUUCAAACACAUUAGCAUACCUUAUGAGUAUUUUUAGCUGAAAAUGCGCUGUUGUCUUCUAUGAAAAUUCAACUUUUGGAUUAGUCAUGUAUAAUCAUUUCAUUGAAAUAGCUAGCAGCCUAGGGAUAAAAAUCGUUAAUGAUGAAAAUAAGCGGAUGCUUGACCCUUUCUACAACCCAGAAAUGUAUGAAAAUUAUUCUGAUUUUAUUAACAAUGCUAUAAAUACUAAAUGCCGAAUUAUAGUUCCUUUGUUACAGUCAACUGCGGUAUUUAAUCUUUUUGGGCAAUUAUAUGAUAAAGGUAUAAGGCUAGGCGAUUUUAUUUACUUACUCCCCCCGUCCGUGUGUGAACAAAACCAUUAGAAAAAUCCCUAUUUUUUGCACAAAAAUCCACCCUCCAGGAAUGAACAAAAAUUUUUUAAUAGAAAAAAUUUUAGAAAAAAAAAAUUGAUAUAUAAGUGAUUAUUAGUAUAAUGAAAUCUCGAGCUAAUUCUGUUUAAUUUUAAACAAGUUACGUUUUAAAACAUAAAAUUUUACAAAUUAAAUUAAUAUUUGCUUUUCAAUUUUUGCAAAUUAGGAUUUUUUUAAAAAUUCGAAAAAAAAAAAAUUUCUACAAAAUUUAACCCCCCUCCCCCUCCGAGAGUGAACAAAAUUUUUUUGUUCACUCACGGAGGGGGAAGUUAGUAUAUUUUCCUAUGGCUGGAUAUUUUGAGUAUUCACCUUCAAUUACAGAUGAGACUAAACAAAAAGUGAUUAAGCUUGCCUAUGGCUCAUUAGGACUAUGGCAAUCUGAAUGAGUAGGAAGUUAUGGGGCCUCGCUCAAAGCAUUAGGUGACACGUUUUAUGACCCUUCUUGAUAUGGAGGAAAUUGCCCUUCAUUUGAUGCUAUGACACUAGUUCUUCAUGGCUUAAAAUAUACAAUUAAUGAAGGAAAUGAUUACGAAAAUCCAGAAUUGUUAAAUGAAGGAAUAAGAAAAGUAAAAUUUACAGGAUGCUCAGGAACUGUGCAGAUUUCAAGUAAUUCCAAUGAAAAAAAUACAGCUAUCAUAAGCAUAAUGAAUUCUGUUUAUAAUAAAACUCUUGGGCAUUAUGUAAAUAUCGAAGUUGGAAGCUACACAGUAGGAAGUAAUCCUCCGUUUUUAAUUACAAAAAAUAUUACCUGACCUGAUAAUACCACAAAUACUCCAAACGAGAAAAGGCAGAAUCCUGAUAAUUGCCCCUUUAAUCUUCAUCUAAUCCAGGAUUCAGAUGCAGGACAUGGUUUAUAUUAUGGUUUUGUAUUUGGAAUCACAUUUAUUGUUACAAUAUUAUCCACUAUAAUUUUAAUAAAAUUAUAUUGGCAUUCAUACCUGCCAAUUAUAAUACAAAGAUGUGAAGUAAAAGCUAAUGAUUAUGUCGCGAUGGCUAUGAUUUUUAUUGAUUUUUUGCAGUAUUUAGCGAUGGGACCUGACCUCAGCGUUUAUGAUGAAAUUAGUUCAUUUUUAUAUGACUAUGCAUCAAUUAAUUUAUCAGUUCUGAUUGAAUUUAAAGGUGACGCUUAUUGGAUUGCAAUUAUUAUAACCUUUUCUAUUUGCGUUUUAUGGGUAUUUUUAUCUAUGUUUGUAUAUUUUAGAAUUGAUGAAUAUAAAAAUAUUGAUAUAUUAGACAGCAUAGGGAUUUUUGGAAGAUUUAUAACUCCUAUAAUUGGAAAUUUAGGAUUAAUCCCUAUAACUCAUAUUCUCCUAACAGUUUUUGAGUGUGAAAAAGGAAUUGGAAAUAAAAUAGAUGAGAGCUUUAUGGAUCAUGACUGCUCUGUUUUUUGUUAUAAAGACCAGCACAUAUUUUUUGCGAUUUUAUCUUUUUUAACUCUGCUGAUCUAUUUACCAUUAUCUAUAAUGUGAAGACCAAUAUGGCAAAGCAUUAAUUCUAAUACAAAUAUUUAUUUAAGUCCACAGUUCUUGGUAUCGAAAAGUAUUUUUCAAAUAAUUUCAGUCGCUUUGAAUAAGACUCUAAAACACCAUAAUCAAUGAUUAGAGGGGUUAGUUUAUUUAAUAUUUACUUUGGCUUUUAUUUACUAUACACUAUAUUAUAAGCCUUACAAUUAUCAAAGAUGCAGUCUCUGAACGACGGCAUCUUUAGUAGCCUUAGCAUGAAGCUUAAUUGUCUCCUCAUUUUAUUAUGCACUAUCUUAUUCCUAUAUCCCAUUUUGGAUUAUUCUUCAAUUUGCUGGAUGAUUUGUAAUUUUACUUACUACUUUGAUCAUUCAGCAUGAAAAAUAUCCAAGUCUAUUUUUCUCACCAAAGGGAGCAGAUAUAAAUAUUCUUUUUAAAUUUGCAUUAACAAAGCAAAUUGAGAUUGGGGAUAUCAAAAAAAGAGCAACGGCAUAUGAGAUUAGUGAUCCAGCUCUAAAAGCUGACAAUGAAGUAGAUUCAAAAUUUGGGCUAAUAGAUAGCAGGUCAUUAUUUUAG